AUGAAUCCAAAUGCUUCAGCAGACGCUGCAGAUCAGCAAUUAAACAAUAAUCUGCAGUUAUUAAACUCGGAAUUGUAUUCCUUAAUUGAUUACAAAGAGUCGCAGGCUGCAAAGAGUUCAUCUUGCCCCAAGAGCGCCGCAUGUGGCGUCUUGCAAGAAAUUAAUCACAAGUUGCACGAAUUAAAAUUGGAUGCAGAUGCACCAGAAUUUGAGUUCCAUGGAUUCGGCUGCACUCAGACCAUGGCAAUGUUGCCCAAACGUUUGCACAGAUUCAACGAGGGUGGCGCCAUAAAAAAGUCAAAAUCAAAUAUUGCGGACAACAACGGCAACCAAAUAGUUUCCCGCCAGAAACAAAAACAACUGCAAAAAGAGAAUAUGUGGAAUAAGGAAAAGUGUAACGCGCUCAAUAUUGAGAAACGAUGCUCUCUCAAUUUGACCGGCAACUGUAUUGAACAAUAUUGUGGCCAGCGUUUAAUAGAGCUGUUUAGGUCGCUGCAUUAUCAUAUUUCAGCAGAUCUGCCCAGCAGUCAGUUGAACUCCGUGCCAUCGGAUUACGUGUUCCAAGUGACCAGGAAGUGCUCCAUGCCCAACGGCUUCAACUUUCGUCAUCAUGUGCAGGUGCUGUCCACCAAAUUGGAACGAUUCCUUGCUCGGCUGCGUCGCCUGCUGGAGACCAAUCGUCACUUUGACUACAUCAAGUACACUGAAUGCGAUACACUUCUCACUGGCGCCUUCCACGACCUGCGAUCCCUUAGGAAGUUCACAAACAUUGAACUGCGUCAUCGUUCAAUGCAGUUCAUCACUCAGACCGCAAAAUAUAAUGCCAGAACACUCGAGGAGCUGUUGCUGGAGCUGAGAGAGCGUCUCAAAUCCGCACAUAUUCACGUGCAUGCUUUUAACUGGGAAAUGGAUCUGGAGCAUCGUUACUCAGCUGCAAUGACAGCGCGUCACGAGGCCACCAUUAAUGGAGCCUUAGCGUUGGCCGCCUCCGAGGUCCUGGCAGCUAAGGCACAUCAAAUAAGCAAAGAGGAACAGUUUAUAGCUGAGCACUAUCAGCUGGCCAAUUUUGUUAGCUGCGCCAAAGAGCAUGAGGACUUUCUGAACGCGUUGCUGCAAUCGCCAGAUACAUACUUUUUGCCAGAAAUUAUUGCCUUGUGCGAUCCUCCCAAGGAUAUCAGCAAGCUGUCCGCCUAUCAGCUCGGAAAUGUGGACGAGGACAGUGUGGAGAACAUGGUCUUCGGUGGCGACAUACUCGAACUGCCGCCCUCGUCUCCUCCAAGGCUGCGUCGUCGCGCUCACAUUCCCAGAUGCAAUAGAGCUUAGAAAUAAUCUUUAAGAUUGGAAAUUGAAAGAAAAGUAACCAUAUCAAAUUGAUAUCAAGUUAUUAUUAUUAUUUAUUAGUUAAGUAUACAUAUAUACUGUUUUACUGUAUCAUUUAUUUAAAACAGAAGCUAUAUUUGUAACCAGAUAUGAGAAUGUUGAAUGUGAGUUCUUUAUUUUUAAUAAUUAUGUAAUUAUUCGAGACAGUUUUUCGUUUUGAUUUCAAUCUCAAAUUAUAUACCCAAAAUUUAAUUUGCUUUAAUGUCGCCGAUUUAUAAUCUUUCGUAGCAUCUAAAAAGCAACUAUAACUCAGACCAAUGCGAAAAUAAUAUUGUGUUCAAUUUUAAUUGUUUUAUUAGAAUAAACUUACUAGAAUCUAAGAAACAA